ACACACACACACACACACACAGAACUCGCCUUCAGUCAGUCCGUCAGUCAGUGAGUUUGAUCAUCAGCGCGCGCGCAGCGAAUCAAACACAGUUCGGACACGCGCGCGUCUCUACAAUACACUGGAUAUAUAAGCGAUUAUUUCAGCGUCGUACUCGGAUUCUUCCCUAAAGUUCAUCGGCUUUGUGGAUAAAAUGUUUGCGUCCGUGGCUUUGCUGAUAUUAAUUCAGAGCGUCCCUGUCGUCCCCGUCACCGUCACCAGCCGCAGUCCCAAAGUGGAAGUGCAUGAGCUCUCGGACGCCGAGCUCUCCUGUGAGUUCAAGACUGAGAAAGAAACCAGUCCUCGCAUCGAGUGGAAGAAGAAAGACAAAGACGUGUCCUUCGUUUAUUAUGAAGGCAGCUUCUUAGGACCGUUUAAGGGGCGCGCGGCUAUCGAAGGGGCGACGGUGCAUCUGCGCAGAGUGACUCAGGCGGACGCGGGCGAGUACCGCUGUGAGGUCAGCGCUCCGGCCGACUCCGUCAAGCUGGGAGAGACCAACGUCACGCUCAAAGUGCUGGUUCCUCCACAAACCCCGUCAUGUGACAUUCCCAGCUCCGCUCUGACGGGCUCUCAGGUGGAGCUGCGCUGUAGGGACCAGCACAGCAUCCCGCCGGCCAGAUACACCUGGUUCAAAGACAACCGCGCGCUGCCCAUCCGUCAGCCCAACGCCACAUACACGGUCAACGAGUUCACUGGUGUACUGACCUUCCAGACGGUGAGCAGGGCCGAUACGGGUCAGUAUCACUGUGAGGCCAAAAACGGGGUGGGACCCGCUAAGAGCUGCCGGGGGACGCUCAUGCAGAUCGAUGAUCUGAAUCUGGCGGCGGUGAUCUCCGGGGUUCUUCUGCUGUGUCUGCUGCUGUUGUUGUGUUCGUUCGGAGUCUGUUACGCCCAUCGGCACGGAUACUUCAGCCGACACAGAGGAAGUCAGCAUUCAGGAUACAGUCACCCUCCAAAGGAACCUCAGGAUUUCAAACACACUCAGUCGUUCAUGCUGUGAUGGUGAAAACGACAGACGGAUGAUGAUUGUGGCGACGCUGGAACCGACAUGAAGAAACUGGACACACACAAUAAAAUCACUCUCACCAUAAUCUUCCAAACGCCUCCGACAGACUUUAAGAAAACACAACCAGCUGUUCUGAGAGCCAGUCUCCUGUGGUUCUCUUAUAAAUGUUGAACUGUAGCGCCUCCUGCUGGCCGUUUGUGGUGCAGCAGACCCUCAAACCAAUGAACCAAAUGAACCAGAGCGACUGAAACAGUUUAAUCCGGUGCCUUUAAACGAGCUGAUCGAUGAUGUUUGACACGCCGUGCCUUUCAUUUCAACAGAAUCAUGUCUUUAUCUGAUGAGUGUGAGGAUGUAAAUCAUGCAAUGGGUGAAUUGUUGUAUAUUUUAUCAGUAUUUGUUUAUUCUUGUUUUGUUUUUUAAUAAAAAUAAUUGCAUUUUU